AUGAGUUUGAAAACAAAUACUAGUGAUCAACGGUUGAGAGCUGCUGGAGAAGAUCACUUAUUAUUGCAUGAAAAUACAUUAAAGAAUGGAAAUACUUUACUAUCCAUAAAUUCUACUAUGAAUUCAAAAGUGCAACCAACUAAACAUAAUUCAUUCACAAGUGUUGCUUCAGAGCAAGUUCCAGUACGUUUGACUCCUGCUUGGGAAGAAAAUAAUUUACCUAACGACGAACUUAAUUUUAAGACAUUUAACAUGGAUGAUGCUGUGUUAGAGACUGACCCUCCAAAAGACAGAUGGAAUAUUGUGUAUUUAAUAUUAGUUCUUCAUGGAAUAGGAAUUUUAAUGCCUUGGAAUAUGUUCAUUAAUGCUAAAUCAUACUUUGUGGAUUACAAACUAGGAAAGGAUUAUCUAAUGGAAACUCUUUAUUAUGCAUCAGCUUUUAUGUCUUAUUCAACUAUUGGUUCACAGUUACCUAAUUUUAUCUUCAACUGGCUAAACAUAUUCUGUCCAAUGGGGGGAAAAUUAACUACUCGUAUUGUAUGGUCAAUUUUGAUUGAGGUUGUUUGUUUUGUCUUCACUGUUGUUUUAGUAAUGAUUAAUACCGCUCAGUCACCAGCUUUAUUUUUCUGGUCUACUAUUGGCUGUAUUGUAUUAUUAAAUAUGGCAAAUGGUAUUUACAAUAACUCUGUUUUUGGAAUGGCCGCCAAACUUCCUUCAAAGUAUAUUGGUGCUGUAGUCCUUGGUACAAAUUUAAGCGGUACAUUUACAUCUAUUGCCAAUAUUGCUUCAAUUUCAAUCACUCCUGAUGCUCGAACAGCUGCUAUAUAUUAUUUUACUACUGCAUUAUUUAUAUUAUUAGCCUGUUUUGAUACAUAUUUUGCAUUACCAUUAAAUAGAUUUUAUAAGUAUCAUGAACACGUAUACCAACGUAAAAUUGAAAGCCAAGAAAUAAAAAAAAAUGAUGGAAAUGAAAAAAUUCCAUAUUUGCAAAUUUUUAAGCAGGCUUCUCCACAAUUAUUUAAUGUAUUUUUUAUAUUUUUUGUCACUCUUUCAGUAUUUCCAGCUGUGCAUUCCGAUAUUAAAGUGUCAGAUUCAAAUUUCAUAGUAGGACCAUCAUAUUAUAUCAAUGUACUAUGCUUUUUGACAUUUAAUUUCACUGCACUUAUUGGAACAUUUCUUUCUACUUAUUUUUCAUGGCCAAAUGCAAAAUGGUUAUAUAUUCCUGUUACUUUGAGAGUGGUUCUUAUUCCAUUAUUUUUAGUUUGUAAUUAUCAGCCACUUGGGGUUACUAGAAUAAUGCCAGUAUUAAUAAAAAAUGAUUAUAUAUUCUGGAUGUUGGGAGCAAUUCUUGGAUUAUCUAGUGGUUAUUACAGUUCUGUAGCCAUGAUGUAUACACCAAGUUGUGUUGAACCAAAAUACAGUGGAAUUGCAGGUAUGUUUGGAGCUGCUAUGUUAAUCACUGGUAUUUGUUGCGGAAUACUCUUUGGAAUGACACUUCCAUUUAUUGUCAAAAAUGUUUCUUGGUGAAUAUUCUCCUAGUAAAUAUUUUUAAACUUAUUUGGUUUUUUUAAAUAACUAAAGACUUAUUUUGAUGCAUAUUAUAUUUUAAUAAAUAGUUGAAAUAUUGUUAGCUAUUACAAAGUAUAUAUAAUUGUAUAUAUAUCCAGCAGACAUAGAGGUAAAAAUUGUAAUGCGUAAAAAAACAUAAACAUUUAUCUUCCUAUUAUUUACAUGUAAGCAUUUUUUACUGUCCCAGUCUAAAUUUAUUAUUAAUAUCAAAAUCAUAUUAUGUAGAAAAUGGUAAGCCAUAUUUUGCUUUUGAAAAUUUGUGCCUGUAAAGAUGUCUUAAAAAUUGAAAAAUCAGGUAUUUAUAUAUUAUAAAUUAAACAUAUUAAUAAAUGUCUAAAUUCUUACUUGUUAACAUUUUCUGUGGGACUAUAUAAACUAGUUGCUCAAUUAU